AUGGCUGGCGAGGACAGCAUCUGGCACCGUGCUCAAGACUUCUGGGCCGUCGUGGGAUGGGCGUUCAACUGCAGUUGCGUCCACCCCAAUCGAUGGCGCUACUGGAAGACCUGGCUGGAGUUCAUGCUCGAUGUCCUUGAAGCUGACCUUAAGGAGCGUAAGCGGAUGGACGAAGAAGCAAUGGGCUCCUCCCAGGACACGGACUGGACGAACUUGAAGGGGGCUAUCCUCGUCAUGUACGUCAAGCAAAAGGCCGACUCCAACCGGAGUGGUCUGAAGAUGAUUUCGCAAGCACUUUUUGCCGAUGGCUACACAUCGGCCAUGAGCAAAUUUCCUGAGAUUUUCAACAGAGAGACCAAGGGCUUGCCGAGCGAAGACACGAAGCGCAUGAGGAUGGCCACUCUAGACAUUGAGAAUGAUCAGUUUGGGGACUACUUUGACGACGACCUGGUGGAGUCAGACGACCAGCAGUCUCAAUCUGAGGAACCCCCCACUCCACGCACACCAUCGAGACGGGCAGGUGCGUUUGUGACUCCGGAGUUGGCUGAGUCUAUUCCCUUGCGUCUGCGUCUCAUGGAUCUGUUAUCUGAAGUCUCUGAACGUGUGCCGUAUGACUUUCAGUCGCACAGAGACUACGUGGCGGACCUCAUCAUGCAUCUCAAAGCGCAACCUCUGGCAUACUUCCAGCAGUUCAUCUCGGACAUGGGUUCUCACGUUGGUCGUGCCUUCGAGAUCGACUUUUUGACGACUGAGCUGGACCACUUGUUGCCGUCGCGAUACCAAGACCCCAGGAAGGUCGUGCCUUCGAACGGUGGCAUCAUCGUCAACGCUGAAGUAAUGGAGCACUGCUAUCUGCCGCACCAUGCGAACACCGUUGACCCAACAGACAAUGCACGUCUUGCAUUGAUACUCGAAAACCUGCUGCACCAGAUAUCCCCCGAGGAAAUAAAAGCUGCCAAGGAUAAGCUCCAUACGGCUGCUGAGUCGGGCAUUGAGGCACGCAAGUGGAAAGCUAGCGGCCGCAAGGUGAUGAAGACGAGGAAUGGUAAGAAGCAAAAGGACUUGGGCGACAAAGACCGCUAUGCAAUGGAGAUGAUGGAUCUAGCUGGAGAGCGCAUUCUGUUGUACAUUGACAUCAUGGGCUCUUUCUCAGAGGACUCUGAUGAUGAUAUGACAGACUGA